GCAAAUCAGUGGAUCGUCAACCGUAUAUUGACCGGAAAUUUGUCCGAUCCGAUGACUGCGGCUUCAACAGCUUGCCAUAAAUGAGAAGGGCCCAUUUCGUUGUAGAGAUAUUAUCAAAUCACUUUAAUGGAAACUGAAUCCAUUGAAUUCCCCUGCAUUUACGAACCGAAAAUUUCCUCUUGUAGCUAUGGCCACUGAAGCUAGCUACGACAAUCCCGACGACUGGGAGCUCAUAAACGACGACGGCUUCGUCUACAAGCGCAAGAAGCGCCCCCGCCUCGAACCCACCGUCGCCGCCCCUCCGGCUUCGGAGCAGAACCACCGCCUCUUACGGCGAAAGAGGGCCCUGCUGAAGUUGAGGGAGAGGUACUUGGAAGAGAUCAGCCGGUGGGAACUUUUGUCGAACACGUUGACGGCAAUGGAGCAGAACGCUUCUACGCAAUCGAUGGAGCGUCAUGAGCUGCAUCCCUCGACGUCUUCUGAUGGGGCUUCAAGCUCCAGCGAGCCUUCCGCGGCGGAUUCCUAUCGACGGAGACUCGUCGAUGAUCUUCUCUCUCAGGUUAAAGAGCAAGAGGCAAUAAUUGUGAAUGUAUCGAAUAUGUGUGAUAUAGCCGAAGUAUUGUGCAGCGCAAAAGAGGCAAUUGUUAGGCAGCAGCUAAUAGACCUGCCGAUUUGGGAUCCUUCUCCACACGAGCUCAUGGCCGGAUUAGGUGAUGAUCAAAGUAGGCAUCUUUAGCAAUAUUUAAGUGUAAUAUUUUGAUUUUUUUUUCUGAUUGAAACAAAAAAGUAGCAAUUAGGGCAAACUGUACAAUGGCUGCGAUAUGCAACAUGUAUCUUAGCUUGAGUGGUAGUGCAAUGAGGUUAGUUUUGAAUCA